AUGUUCCCCGUAUCUGUGUCGCCUAUCUCGGUGGGCUCAAACGUCUUUUUCGCAUUUGCCCUGUUCCUCAUCUCCGCACUUGUGUUACUUCUCCUGCGACGGUAUCUCACCCUCCGCGCCACCCCUGCUUAUUUAAGUGUCCCUAUAUUCCUGGCUCUGGCUCUGCCCGCCAGCGUUGUACUCCUUGUCCCUAUCGAUUUGGCGUCAAGCUCGCGAGAUGGAUCUGGCCCCAAAGCAAUCUGGCUACCGGAGCGAAUGGUUCUGGUAUGCUGGCGCAUUGCGUACUGGCUAAUCUUCGUUCUCACCUGGGUUAUCCUCCCAUUACUCGGUGAAUACGUCGACUCGGGCUACCGUGAGCCUAAAGGCCGGCUUGUGUACUCUCUUCGAUCGAACGCCAAAUACCAGUUAAUUGUCCUGGGAUGUGCUCUGGUGGGGUUGAUCUACGUUUCGAUCUCGAACGGGUUCGAAUUCACAUCAAUCAAAGGUCUCGUCAUGGCACUGGCAUAUGUGUGGGGUCUUGUCCUUGCGAUUUAUCUGAUGGGCCACGGUCUUGUUUCGAUCCCGCGCAAUUUGCUCCGAAACUCCAACGUGAGCGGUCGGCUACGCAGACUCCAGGCACAUGCGCCUAAGGUGCAUGAUCGGCUGAUGGACUCGGUCAAUGAGUUGGCGAAUCUCAAUGGCCAGGUUUCUCAGCUACAGCGCCGUAAGACAGGAACUGCUCGUGACUUUCAUGAAUGGAUUGAAGAGCUUCGGGAAGGACACGGCCAAUCCGACGUGCGAGCCCCGAUCCUCGAGUCACCGGAUACAUCCGCCACGAUACCUUCUGUCAUCACGGAACGCUAUCUGGCCGACCUCACACGGCGGCUUCAGCGUGCUCGGCAUAUGAAAGCCCGAUUUGUGGAUGAGUGGGAUCGUCUGGUCCAGUUAUCAGCCGAUCUCCAAGCCAUCAUCAAUUCUGCAGCUUCAAAGAAGCUUGAAUUUGCACCGGCCGCACGUCGGUCAUCCUGCAUUCCUCGCGUGAGAUUUCUCACUCCGUACAUGCGAUAUCAGCUAUAUUCCAACGUCAUUCCCUCGGUCAGGCUGGCAUUGGGCGCGUUCUUCGCAGUGGCAUCAGUCUGCAUUGUUUGGUCGGAAAUGAUCAAGUCUUUGGCGCCCCAUCUCUCCGCUGUGAGUUUAACCGUGGUCCCCAACUGGAAAGACAAUCCAGUUGGCUUCGGUGGUCAGCUCACAGCCUCUGCCUGGCUAUUGUACAUGUGUUCGGCGGCUCUCGUUGGUGUCAGUGAUGUUAAGGUAUGGGGAAACCGCGCACUUGUCCGUCGUAAUACAUAUGGCGAGAGUGCAUGCUGGUACGCUGGUCUCGUGGCUCGGCUGACGGUACCAAUUGCGUACAACUUCUUGACCUUCUUACCUAAAGAGUUCCGGCGAUCCACCACUUUCUACGAAUUCCUUGGCAAACUCAUCAACCUGACACCUCUCGGGAAAGGGUUUGACUUCAUUUUCCCGAUCUUCAUCCUUCUGCCUAUCUGCGCAACACUGUUCAACCUGUACGGGCGUAUCAAAAACAUCUUUGGGUGCGGCCUUGCAGAGGACGAUGAUAUCCACGAUGUCGAAAACAACCCUGCCGGGUAUGGCAUGGGUGGCUGGCGUGAGGGUCGCGACCUCAUUGAACGGGAAUUAAAUGGCUUCGGUUCUCUAGCAGUGUCCUCCCGUGGUAGUCGCUCAACGUGGGCGUCGGAUCGUGACGAUGAAGGUUCCCCUGGGUCAUCCAGACUGCGAGUCCCGGUUGCAGAAGGCUCUCAGCCUGCGCAGAGGUCAGUUGUUGCGCCUACUAUUGUGGAAGGCGAGGAUGAAGAAGACGAAACCUUCUUCCAGUCCUUUGCGCACCGCGUCAAAAACACAUUUGAUACUACCAACACUCCUCGAUGGUUCCAGGGUGAGCCAUUCCGACUUCCGCGCUGGAUGUCGGGUGAUAACAAUACCGCAGAAGAAGGUUCGGCGCUGUUUGGAGGUCAGGCUGUGCCUGGUCGUCUGCGCCUAGGUUGA